AGCACGCGUAGUUUAUUAUAAUUUGUGAGAAAGCUAACGGAGUGAAAUAAUGAGAGUGCGAAUCAUGCACGAAAUUCUCGUUUACGCCAUUAGCGUGUAUGCUUUCACACAAGUGAACGCCUUUAAGUAUGAGAGCUCAAUACUGGGAGAGAAGCUAACAUAUUUUGUUAACAAUGAAAUUUCCUUUACCAUCAAACAACAAAAUGAUGAAAAGUUUGCCUACCUCACAUUCGAAAAGACAAUUACGAUAGCUAAUGACCUAAUGCUUAUAGUAAGGGUUAUAAGAGAAGAUGGAGUGGAAUUCCAAUUUCCCGACAAUCCUUCUCGACUCUGUCACAUUCUGGAAGAUCAAAUGGUGGGAAAAUCCAAAAUAAUGUCUCGAUUCAACAUUCCGAAUGUAUUCAACAUAAUUGGACGAAAUUGUCCAAUUGAAAAGGGCACGGUUCGUCUAACACCGCAUGUUUUCCCCCAUUUGUUCGAAUUGAAAAACGACAUCGGUUGUGGAAGAUUUAACCUUGCAACCAGUUUAUUGAAAUGCGAACCUUUUACUGCGUUCUCAAAGAAUUGCACAUUAUUAAUCAUGGCUGAGACAAAAUUGGAAAUCUCUGCGUCACACUGCUCAAAUACUUUUGAAUAAGUAUUUAAGUAUUGAUAAAUGUUGAUAUAGUUUCAUUUUGAAAAAUUCUUUGAUCCGCGAAGAAUAAUUAAACAAAUUAAACAACGAAACUUUAUAAACAGAAAAUACCUAAUAACAGUUCGAGAAAUCUUGAUUUAUUCUAUAUCUUGGAUUAUUUUCUACUGCGAAUAAUAUACUACGUUAAUUAAGUAAAACUAUCGUUAAAACAGACGUUACAAGAUCUUGGUUCCUGUAAGUAUUAUAUUAUGACUAGUAAUCGGCGAUGCUUCGUUAUAAACAUGAUAUUCUCAA